UAGAAUGGGGAAUCCCAAACCAUUAAUUUGCUGUCGAUCAUUGUCGCGCACCAUUCUGACGUCUUGUGUGUGAUGUAGGAAUUGAAACAUGAACCGUCUAUAAGAGAAAUUCCAACCCGUACAGUUUGCUGUUGACUUCACAUUCAUGCUUUGGUAAAAUGAGAUUCGGAUCCUUUCCGUCUCGUAAAUAAAAAAUGGCAGCCCGAUUGUUCAUACAGUUACUCUGCAUGUCAUACAAUGUAUGUGUGGUACUUCAUGUGUGCUCGCUCCAGGGUGUCUAUUGUGAUGUACCAGAUGGCGUUGUAUAUACCGACUUACACAAAACUGCACAGAAAGGAGAUGAGCUUGUUCUGAAAUGCCAAUUCUAUGAAACGCCAAUCGCCGUUUACUGGAAGAAAGGAAAUGAUCCAACGAACUCACCCAACCUGAUCACGUGGGUGGAAGGAGAAUCCGCCUCCGGGUCAUGCGUUCAUGACGGGUCUUGCAAGAUGAACGCUACCUUCUCUCUCAUCAUCAGAAAUAUUACAGUUUCAGAUCAAGGAUCAUAUAUCUGCAGAGUUUCAAACUACAAAGGGAUCUUGAUCCACAACUUUACAGAAGUAAGCGUCUUUGCUCCUCCGAUGGAACCCUUUCCACUUAUCGAUGAAUGUCGAGGAAUACUUCCCAACGAUGCUGUACAAACCUGUAGUCUUUCAACUGCUAAUAGCAUUACCAUCACAUGCUCAACCUCAAACUACUUUCCUGACAUCGAUCUCUUCUUCUUACACGAAUCCAACAAGAUGGGCGCAACAACUAUCAAGGAAGUUGCAAACAUGGACGGGACGAGAAACAAAUCAAUCUCCACCGCCGGUAAACCCAGUGAAAGCCCCUAUGUUUGUGUUGCUUCUGAUAUCCCGGGAUUACAAGACCAAAAAACAGUGACUGUCACUGUGACCUUUCUUGGAUCAACUGUUGCCAUGCCAACACCAUCCAAUCAAACCACUUUACCUCCAAGUCAGAGUGGAGAUGUAGCCAAAAUUGUUGUACCAGUUAUUCUUAUACCGGCUGCGAUUUGUGUUGCCUUCGUAAUUUGGCUUUGUAUGAAACAACGGAGAAAUCAAGAAAAAGACGACCCGGAAUCCAUGCUACUACGUCCGGACCCACAGAUAAAGGGUAAAGUAUCCUUCUUUGAACUCUGGUACCUGGUACAUAAUAUGGAUGAGACUAACUUGAAUAUCCUACGGGGCGCCCUCAUCGAUCUUGGUAUCCUUGGGGUCGAGGAGGAACUAACCGGAGACGACGCCUAUAACUUACUCUGUGACUGGAAGGAUACAAAUACAUCUGACAAUGAAGCAAUGAGGCUGAAGAAUGUAUUAAUCGGACAUGGACUUAGACCUUUCUGGAAAGAGAUGUGUGGUGGGUAUUGA